CCCCGCGCCAUGAUUGCGCGCUGGUGUGUGCGCAGACCCGCGGGUCCAUCACUUUUUCCAGCAGCCAGACUGAACAGGAGCGACGUGGACCGUCCAGACCUGGAGGAUGAAGCGAACAACUUUCCUGCUGGUGUUUGCUGCCGUCCUGAGCUUCUGCUGGGCUCAGUCAGAUUCAGAGGGUGAGGCGGAGGUUGUGGAGGAGGAGCAUGUGGAGCUAUUCACCACACCAGUGACGAAGAUGGGCGCUGCCACCUCAGACUUCGGCUACAACCUUUUCCGGGCUCUGUCGAGUCGCGACACAUCGGCCAACAUCUUCCUGUCUCCCAUCAGUGUAUCGGCGGUUCUGACCCAGUUGUCUAUGGGGGGCUCUGAGAGUGCCCAGAGGCAGCUAUACCGGGCCCUCCGCUAUCACACUCUACAGGACCCUCAGUUCCAGAACACCUUGAAGGAGCUGCUGGCUUCAGUGAAGGCCUCGGGGAAAGGCCUGAAGACGGCUGCACGGCUCUACAUAACACGACGGCUUCGACUAAAGCAGGACUACUUCAAACUGGUGGAACAACAGUACGGAGUUCGUCCGAAAACAUUACUGGGAGGAGCCAAAGACUUGAAGGAAGUCAAUGAUUGGGUGUCUCAGCAGACAGGCAGAAAGGUCCAGCAGUUCCUGACCAAUGCUUUUCCUCGAACCGCCGGUGUCAAUGCGGUCACAGCCGCUUACUUCAAAGGGGGAUGGGUGACUCGCUUUAGUCAGAGUGGAGCUCUGGAGAACUUCCAGGUGGAAAACGGGGCUCCAGUUCGUGUUCCCAUGAUGCAACAGGAUAACUACCCUGUAAAGAUGGGAGUAGACUCAGACCUAAGCUGCACUGUCACACAGAUCCAGAUGCAGAACGACAUCAGCAUGUUCAUCUUCUUGCCUCAUGAGGUGACGACCAACACGACCCUGCUGGAGGAGAGUCUGACGGCUGAGUUUGUUCAGGACCUGUCCAUGGCGCUCCAGCCUGCUCGGGUUUCCCUAACUCUGCCUAUCCUGAAACUCGGUUACUCCACAGACCUGUUGCCUCUACUCAGCGACCUUGGCCUCUCUGAGUGGUUGGAAAACCAAGAACUGGAGAAGAUCUCUGUUCAGCCGGCCAAACUCACCAGUGUCAACCAUAAGGUUGUCAUGGAGACAGCACCGGAGGGAACCCAGUACCCCAGUGGCGGCUCUGUGGCCUCUCACCUGACGUACCGAGUGGAUCGGCCCUUCGUCUACCUGAUCAGAGAUGAACCGUCAGGAGCACUGCUCUUCAUCGGGAAGGUGGUCAACCCCAAAGACCUGACAAUAUAACCCCCCCAAACACACACACAUAAUUCUAGUCUCGCUAUAUGUAGUGAGGACCAUGAGUUGACUUCCAUUGAUUUUCAAUCAUUUCCAACCCUUUCUAUCUUAACUCUGAUAAUAACCCUUAACCCCAACCUAAACUCAAUUUGCACCUUAGUUCUAAACCCAAAGCCUAAGCCUAAAACACAAUUUGGACCUAUGGGGACCAGACAUUAGACCCCACCAGGACACUCGGUUCCCAAGAAGUGAAAAGCCCCCCAACCCCAACACAUACACACACACACACAGACUCUUAGCAGGUCCUAGGAGGGGUUUCUGCUGUUUGACAGCAGAUGGUUGUGAGGAUAUUUGACUUAGUUUUUCAUGUUGAAACACGGUUGGAUCAUGCUAAUCUGACAGAAUAAUCCUGAGAUAAUCCAAAAAAGGAAAUCUUUUGUAUGUCAUCAAAUAUCACAAUAAACAUGACAAUAACAU